AAAUAUCGAGAGUAGUCAGUAUCCCGCUCCAUGAGAUUCGUUUUGCCCCCGCCUCCUGGAGCAAUUGGACUUCACCUACCACUCAUUCCUCUGGCUGAGCGUAUGUGAGUCUAAGCCAAUAGCAGGAGAUAUAUGACGCCUCACCAUACAUUUACCGAAUGCAUUCACAUUAUAUUGCGACCCAAAGACUCCUUGGGCUCGGCUGCACGUUGUCAACGUGGCAAGCAGCUCGUCCAAUGAAGCUGGCGCAGCCCUGGAUUUGUUGUUGUCGCCUCGAACUUCGUCCUUCGCUUCGCAAUGUACCGUUCAGGUCUCAUAACUUACUCCGUACACAGUUACAUUCAACCUCAAAAGCCGGGUGCGCCUCUUGUGAGAAUCCGGUAUCGACGUAGGGAUGGGCUCAGAUUUUUGAAGGCAAAUGUCCAAGGCUCGCAAGGCUGGGGCUGGAUGAUCAAGCAAAGCCGUGAAAAGGAGCAAAUUCAGGAACUGGCUGGUGGUGCUUUCACGCCCGUUGUGACGUUGAUCACGUUCUGAAGAUUGAACAGCUAAAGACAUCAGUAUCCAAGAGCUUUUUUAAUGAGACUUUAUUCACACAGAAACCACCUGCCCUUCCUGCCGUUAAAUGGUAAAGGCACCCUGCCCUGCCCCAGCUACUCGUUGACACCAGACACCCCACAUUCAGAUGGAGGGGUUGGUCGUGAGGUCCAAGCCGACCUUGGACUAGUGCGUUGUGAUGAUUGAUUAGUCUUGGCAAGGUUGCUUUGGAGCAGCCAAAGCGCCAACUCCAUUUCCAGAACCUCGUACAUCAUACAGUAUUGUCCUGGCAAGUCUUUCUUGCCUUCCUCACCCACGGGAGGGAACGACAACACUCAGAUCCAUUGACACUACGAUUUACAUCUCCGAUCCGAAAGAUAUUCCCGCCCUUGUGGAAGCCGACUGAGGCCCUUAAACUUCCAUAUCGCUACAGUACCACAUCACCAGCCCACCUCUCAGGUCGAUGAUACAACAUGGCACCCUCUAUAACAACCCCAAGCCAACCCGUGGCUGGCAGAAGAGAACCGUGGGUAGCUAGCAACGGGCGAGAAACAACACCAACGAUGGUACGAGCAGGUACUGCGCUUGCCUCCAAAGCGAAGAAUGACGUGCAGCCUGCUACGUUAUUCAAGACCGACCUCACAGAUAUCCGAAAUCUUGUUACUUGUACAAUCUGCGACCAGCUUCUCUACGAGCCUUGGAUUUUGGGAUGUGGUCAUACCUAUUGUUACUCUGUUCGUGCUACCUACCUCCAUAUCCUGCCCGACUCCAGCUAACAUUUCCAAGUGCCUCUGUAGCUGGUUCACCACCAACCGUAGAAAGAAGACUUGCCCCGAAUGUCGUGCGAAGGUUAUAAUGGUUCCUGCUCCGAAUUUCCUUGUAAGUAAAGUUCAGCUUUAUUGAUGAAGCAUGAAAGUAACAACCCAUCUAGGUCAAGCAGAUGGUCGAUCAAGUCUUCACGAAGCGCCGAGAACUGAUGCCGGCCGAUGAGUCUAUCGAGCAACACGCCAAGCGUAGAACAGAAGAGAUUGAAACUGUGGACAAGGAUCGUAAUGGCCCGGAUGGUGUAUUCAAGGGCUUGUUCCCCAAACCCCGGGCAGAGCCCAUGGUGGACGAAGCAGACGGCGGUAUUUUGAGAUGCCCGGGCUGUGGUGCUGAGCAUAUAGGCGGGCCGGCUUGCACUGUAUGUGGAUUGGGAGUGGAGGAUCCGUAUGGAUUGAGCGACAUGGAUGAUGAUGACAUAGAUGAUCUCGAAGAUUUAGACGAUUUGGAGCAAGACUUGGACGUCGAGAUCGGCGCCGAGUUUGAUCAUCAUCAUCAUCACGGUCAAUUUGCACACGGCCACUUUGCCCAUGCAUUUUUGGAUGUCGCAGCUCGAAAUGUUGGACAUCACUAUGUUGGUCACUACAAUCACAACCACAACCAUAAUCACAAUCACCACCAUCCCGGCUCACAAACCACCUCGGAUUCAGAGGAUAUGAGCGGGCUGGACAGCAACAGCGAUAGCGAGGACGAUGACAACUCCCUGGACGACUUCGUAGUACAGGACGAUCAUCCACAAAACCGCCCCGGCACCGGUGUGAGCGGCAGUUCGGGCCCAAAUGAUGCCAUCAACCUCAUCUCAGAUGACGAGUCUGAUGAGGGUGGUGCAAUUUCAAAUCGCCGGCCACGACAACGUGUCCAAUCAAAUAGAAGUCCAGCCAGUUUGGGAAGCAAUUCCGAUCGAGGUUUCACCCCUUCUGAGUCUUCAGAUAUCCAUUAUGGCAAUCAAUAUGGACAAGGUAGUCCUGCGAGAACAAGAAGUCCCUCAGCUCUGACCGUUACGGAUACUGACACGAACCUCUCUGAAGCCGGCGACAUGACUUCCGCCGAGCUUCUCCGACAAUCUGGCUGGAGUCCACUCGAUCAUGGAAAUGAUAGUGAUGCCGAAGGCCCAAUCUCACCCUAUGGAUAUCAACAUGGUCGUUAUGGCACUUUGCACACAGACGAUGAAGAUGAUUCGGAGAACAGCGACACCACUACGGAAACAGCUACCGAGAAUGGUCACACUGACGAAGAUGACCGCUCUCGAGAAGGCCUUUCCCAGACACCAACCUCCUCAGAAGACCGUUACCAAUCUCACAUCCAAGCUGGUACUCACUUCUACGACCGCGGUCCUGGCGAACAACGAGAUGAAGACUCUGAGGGCGAUACAGAUAUGACUCCAAAUUCACCAAGAUCACGAGAGAGCCGCAGCGUGAGUGCCAGUCCAUACUUCAACGGCCGUGGCGACAGUAGAGAUCCAGACGGUGACCUCACUCCUGUAGCAAGAGGAGACCGAGGUGUGAGCGCUGUGACCACAGAAGGUAGUGAGAUGGGCGGUCUGUAUGAGGGUACGUGGGAAAGCGAUCAGGUUAUCGACCGCGGCCUACAAGCACAGUUCGAUGAAAUACGCAAUGGCAAUCGCGUAUCUCAAGUUCUUGGUUACUCCAACGACAUGCAUUACCAGGAAGCCGAUUCUUCGGACAGCUCUGUAUGCCCACCUCCUGGAAGGAACUCAAGACGCCCUCGAUCAGUUGCCCGUGUUCAGCAGUACGAUCCUCGGAUUAGCAUGAUGUUUGCUGAGCACCAAGCCGCAGCUGCACGAGGCAGCCAAGAGAACCCUAUUUCAUUCGACGACUGGGAGGGCCAUGAGGAGGGUCGUCAAAUGGGGUCCGCCUCCCGAAAUUCAAUGACAGCAUAUCGGAGCAUGCCAGAUCGUCGCAUCGACCCCCUUCGCAGCUCUCGCUCUCCAUCUUCCACUAGAAUCAUCUCCUCUUCUCAGAGAAACUCUCGUCUCCCCAGACAGUACUCUCGCCGUGUGUAGAACUUGACUUUCUUUCUUUCUUUCUUUAGGGACAACUAGGGCUGGUGGGAGCAUUCUGCUGGUUCUGGUCUUCUAGCACAGCAUUGCAUGGUGUUGGUAUGUUUUGGUGGGUGUCAAUUAUGGAAGGAUUCUUAAAUUUGAGCGAAAGGUAUGUGGAUAUGUCAUUGCAGUAUGCAGCACAGGCGCAGGAAGGGUAACCCUUUGGUGGAAAUCAGGCGUCAUUGCGAUAUGUGACGGCAGCCAGAAACUUUAGAAGACAAUAGACUUCUUAAGCGGGCCAUUGAUAAAGUUUGUACAGCCCUGUUCCCUCUUUGUAAUUAUGAGUCCGGCAGAAGAUCUCACAAUUUAUUGGUGCUCUAAGUAAGCCUUAGUGCAAGUCGAAACCCAUAGCCCUUUCCCAAGUUGGGUAUCCUAUUCGAAUGGUUGGAACUCAAGACGCCUCAAUGCCUGUGGGCCACCAAAAGUGUUGUAGAUCUCCAGGCCAAAGCCGAUUUUCGUGAAGUGCUCGCUUACUUCGUUAUGAUAGAACUCCAUUCUCUAGACUACAUUGCGAUCUCGCAACAGAGUUACAGUAUGAUGAAAAGCGGACAAGCCAUAGCCAUGAAUCCAUUCCUUUCUUUCCCAAUUCCAUUCCCCAAGCGCUAAAAGCAAGUACUACAAUGACACAAAAUUUUCUUGCCCUGGUUAUCUGUCCCUCUACUCCACGGUAACGGACUUGGCCAAGUUUCGGGGGAAAUCGACGUUCAAUCCUUCGGCAACAGCGAGCCAGUAGGCCAUCAGUUGGAGUGGAAUAACAUUCAGAAGACCUUGCAGACAGUCGACGGUCUUUGGAAUCUCGAUCUUCUCGGCUUGACCGGCCUUGAACUCCUCGUCAUUAGGAUUGCAGAUGACAAUGGGCUUUCCACUGCGCGCAAUGACU